AGCAGAACUCACGCCUCAAAUCCAAGUGUUACAGACGGCACAGCCAGAGGGGGCAUCGCUCCGCGGCACUUACUCUGUUGUGAUUAUUAUUACGGUAUUUUGUCAAACCGUAACAAACAAAAAACAUUUUAUACGGUGAAGUGGGGAAGACGGCUCCCUCUAUAAAGACGUUCAAACUACAAUACAGGAUACUUCCCUAUUGUUUUGCACAACUGCACUGGAGAGCAAACGGCGCCGACAUGGGUUCAUGAUAUUAUUAUUAUUAUUAUUAUUAUUAUUAUUAUUAUUAUUACUGUGAAUUUGAAUUCUGUUUUAACACUUGCUUAGGCUUCUCCGGUACUUCGGCGUGGAAGGAGACCCAUCUAUUAACAGCAAGGACCAUUUGCUGUCUUGUUCAUGCGUUUGUUUUACAUUUAUAAACUCAAAUGCAAUGCUGCUGUGAUCUGGGCAGAUGAAGACGGAUGAAAACAGGAGUCUCACCAGCGCUGAACUAUAUAAGAAACGUCUCCUCCCUUUUUUUUUUUUUUUUUUUUUUUUAAUCACUUUAGGGAAUGAAAACACUUUUAAAAUAAACAAGAAAAAAAUGCCAUUCCCGAUUUUGGACUUAGUGGGGCAAUUCGAUUUUUUGGUUCUGGCUCCUUUCGAAUCUGGACUAAGAGGACUACUGCUCCGGAUUGCAAUGUAACUGGGAAAACAUCACACCUAAUUCAAAUAUACAUAUAUAUUGCAGAAAAAAAAGACUCGAGCUUUGACCACCUCAGCUCCCGACACGCAUGCUAACUGGAAUACUGUACCGCGUCUACAAAAGAAAACACGUUUCAACAUGUUUAAACGAGGGUGCGGUCUGGAGUUUUUCCUCAUGCUGUGCACCAGUCUGGAGCUGCCUCUGUCCUGGUCCUGCCCGCGGCACUGCGUCUGCUACUCCUCCCCGACCACGGUGAGCUGCCAGGCCCACAACUUCCUGAUGGUGCCCGAGGGCAUCCCUCCGCACAGCGAGCGCAUAUUCCUGCAGAACAACCGCAUCACCAUGCUGCUGCGUGGCCACUUCAGCCCCCACACCGUCACCCUGUGGCUCUACUCCAACAACAUCACCUUCAUCGACCCCGACACCUUCCAGGGCUUCACCCAGCUGGAGGAGCUCGACCUGGGGGACAACCGCUACCUGAGGGCCCUGGCUGCGGAGACCUUCAGCGGCCUGCCCAAGCUCCACGCGUUGCACCUGUAUCGCUGCGGCCUCACCUCCCUGCCCAGCGGGGUCUUCCAGGGGCUGCGCAGCCUCCAGUAUCUCUACCUGCAGGACAACCGGAUCGAGUUCCUCCAGGACAACUUGUUUGCUGACCUGAUGAACCUGAGCCAGCUCUUCCUGCACGGCAACCAGCUGUGGAGCCUGCACCAGAACACGUUCCACGGGCUCUCCAGUCUGGACCGGCUCCUGCUGCACGAGAACCAGCUGCAGUGGGUGCACCGAGGGGCCUUCCACGACCUGAAGAAGCUCACCACCCUCUACCUGUUCAACAACAGCCUGGCCGAGCUGUCUGGGGAGUGCCUGGCCCAGCUGCCCUCCCUGGAGUACCUGCGGCUCAACGGCAACCCCUGGGAGUGCGACUGCAAGACCCGCUCGCUGUGGGACUGGCUCCAGCGCUUCAGGGGAUCCAGCUCCAGCGCUCUCUGUGAGUCUCCCCCAGACCUCAGGGGCAGGGACCUCAAGCGCCUGACCAAGGAGGACUUCCCCAGCUGCUCCGGCUCCGAGUCCCUCCACCAGAUCAAGACAUGGACCACAGCGGACAAGGUCUCUUUCAAGAAGGACCACCAUGGCCGUCAUCACCACCCCAGCACCCGCCAGCACCCGCCCCCGCCACCGCCCUCAGACGGCUCGGAAGCCCCAUCUUCCUCCAACAAGAGCCCCCCUCCCUCAUCCACCGACGAGGGCCACAAGCCCCAUGGGGCCCGCAACUGCAGCCGUCAGCGUUAUCGGGGGCCCAAGAAGAUCCUGAAAGAGGUGCACACCCUGGAGGAGAUGGCGGACAAGGAGCCCCAGGAAUACCCCGGGGAUGGGAAAUUCGGGCACCCCCGGAAGAAACCCAAAUGCACACGCCCUCCCCCUCUGCGCCCCCCCAGCGGGGUCCAGCAAGCCAACGGGAGCAGCGCAGCCUCGGGGCAGCAGCACCCCACAGCCUGUUUAAUGAAUCUCAUAGCCUCUGCCCUGCUGGCUGCUGUGAUACGCUGAACCGUUCUGCCAAGACCCGCCCUCCCAACGAAGCCACGCCCCUACACUACGCUCGUGUGUGUGUGUGUGUGUGUGUGUGUGUGAGUGAAUGUGGGGGUUUGGUUUUGUUUUAAAUAUAAAACAGGACACAAAAAAACUUGACAAAACAACCUCAAUGGGAAUAGACUGUAUGUGCAAGCACUGCCACUGAUUUGAUUUAAUUUUUUUCCUAGCAGAAAGGGCCAAACUUUGGAAUAUAUUGAAUAAAACAAAACUAUGAACACCUGGAGUGAUAAAAUACAGAACUGAAUGAAAUCGAGAAAGUUUAGACAUCUUAGUUGUGACUCGUGGUGGGAGUCAAGGGAGCAGAAAGAAGACUUUUUAGGUUUAAAAAAAAAAUAAUAACAAUUCUGCCGAACCUCUAUUAAGUAGGGGGGCAAGAGAUCCCCCAAACACACACAACCCUCAUCAUGGAGCACAUUAUUAAUAAUCAAUACAUUGAGUAAUCAAUCAAUAGAUUGACAAAUGAUAAUGAAAUUAAAAAAAAUUAGAAAUAAAGUAUUUACAAAAGUAUCAAUGAUUAUUGCGUUAUGCUACAUUCCCCAUAAUUCUCUUUUUACAUUAUGCUACAUUAUAUUCACCAUAAUUCUUGUAUUUUUGUUUUAUGUACUUAACUGAUAUCAUGAGUUCGUAAUGAUCAGAGUUAAAAGUAACAAAAUGAACUAAACCUAUUGGUAAGUCAUCAGAAAGACUUCUAUGCCUCUAGUUUGUCUUUCUACACAGUUUCCCUUAAGAAAGGCAUGUUUACCAUACUGGAAAAUGAUUCAGCUUAUUAUUUCCAUUUCUGUUUUCAUGUUCCUUAAGUUUCAAACACACAGCGAGCUCGGGGGGGUUUGCAAGCGCAUACAAGUGAAAUAUCCAGGAGGUUGUCAGAACAAACUUUACUUUCCCCGUCUUCAAGGAGUAAACGUCAGUGUUGGACCCGAUAUUCUUUGGGAUCAAUAAUACUACAGAAUCCUCCCUUCGUCCCUCAAGGACACGAGGAGAGAUAGAGUUCAAAUACAGACCAAGAGCUGGCCUAAAACCAGUCUAGAAUGUCCUAUAACAUGGGCCAUUGGCGUUCUAGAAUGACCUAGAUCUGGACUGGAAUGCUCUAGAACUGGAUAAAGAAGCUUGGAGCAAGACAGUGGCUUCUGGGGCACACCCAGAUAGACAUUCCAGUAAGCAGGCAGGCAGAUCCGAACCAAAAGAGAUGCUGUAUGUAUGCUGAUCUAUAACAGUAAUAAUAAUGAUAAUUAUAUAAAUAGAAUAAUACGAAUUACAGGGUCUCUUUCCAAUGUGGGGGGAGUGUUUUUGUAAUGUCUUCUCACUAUUCUUUAAUAUCAAUGCACAGCCUCGCCCCCCCCCCCCCCCCCCAUUACUGAACUGUACUGUAUGUCAUUAAAAAAAAAACAUCAAACAAGCGAACUGUUUAUAAAUGAUAUUAAAAAGUAUAUCUUCUUAUGCUAAGGAUUGCUGCCUGUCUUUAAUUUCCACAGAAUCAUUAGUGAAGACAAACAAGAUCGCUAACUCUUUUAUGUCAGGGUAUUUUUCAGUUCACGGUUUUAGUUGGUUCGUCUGUCCUCCUUUGAAUGAUGUCACUGCUCUGAAGAACUGCAGCAGAGAGACAGAGAGACAGACAGGCAGAGAGACAGACAGACAGAGAGACAGACAGACAGAGAGACAGACAGACAGAGAGACAGACAGACAGAGAGAUAGACAGACAGAGAGACAGACAGCGUCAUCUUUAAAUUCCCAGGCUGACACUGACACACUGAUCCAUGCUUUUGUAAUCGCUAGGGAUGACUAUUUUAAUUCCUUGUUUGCUGGUCUCCCUGCUGCCUCAUUAAAUACACUGCAGCUGAUACAAAAUGCUGCAGCAACAAUACUUUCACACAGCAAGUGUACUUCCCCAGUUUUAAGGUCACUGGAUUGGCUUCCUGUGAAGCAGCACGCUGAUUUCAAAACACUGCUUCUCAAGUACAAGGCUAUUCCUGGUUCUGACCCUGCCUGUCUGCAUGACUUUACUAUACUUUACUACACUUUACCACACUGCAAUAAAGGUAUCGGGGGACCAAAAAUGAGGUUAAGCAUCCCGCUUGCUAGGAAACAUGUUUAUAACUGCAACUCAGCCAGGGUUAGGAAGAAUUGAAUGCAUCAUUUUUAUUGCAUUGGGAUCUGGAACGAAAAACAAAUGCCUUUUCAAAAAAAGUAUCCCCAGCAUAAACCCAAAAGCCAUUUAAAACAAAUGUCAUCUGUAAAAAAAAAAAAAUACUCUGUUGCCAUUGCUGACAGCAUGGAUACUCCUUUUGUUAACGUUGCCACACAUUCAGCUCCGCAGCCUGACUGCUGCUGCAGUCAAUUCAGACCGAAGCCGGCUGUGAUGUGCGUGAAUAUGGAUUUCAUCUUAACGCUUAUCCAUGAGGGGAAUCAAA